AUGGCAAUGAUAAGAGGGAGUCUGAGUGUUUCAUAUAAGGAGUUGCCGAAGUAUUUUUAUAUGUUGGAGCAUACAAAUCCAGGAACGGUUACAAAGUUGCACAAAUCAGAAGAUGGAUGCUUUCUUUAUGCAUAUGUUUCGUUAUAUGCAUCUAUCAAGGGUUGGGAGCAUUGCAGACUGAUAAUGGUUGUUGACGGAAGUUUCCUUAAAGCAGCAUAUAAGGGUACCAUAUUGACUACUUGCACACAUGAUGGAGCUGGUGAGUUGACUGCAUCUACCUUUUUCUGCAGAAAAAUCCUUCCACUUGCAUAUGCAAUUGGAGGUUCAGAGAAUAACAAAUCUUGGGAGUGGUUCUUUGUCCAUAUAAAGGGUACUUUUGGUGUUAGAGAAGGGAUGUGUAUAGUUUCAGAUAGAAACGAAAACAUCUUCAAUGCCACAAAAGCUGUGUAUCCAGAAGUACCACAUUAUAUUUGCAUGUUUCACUUAUGGCAGAAUAUAAAGCGCACAUUCAAAAAACAGCACAAACAAUUGAAGGAUAUCUUCUUUGUUUUGGCUAGAGCUUACACGAUAAAGAAGUUUGAGUACCAUAUGACAGAGAUGUGCAAAAUUGAUCCAAGGGUGCAACCUUACUUGUUCGAAAUUGGCUACGAAAGGUGGUCUAGAGCAUAUUCUAAAGUGAAAAGGUCGAUGGUAAUGACUUCCAAUAUUGCAGAGUCAAUUAAUGCAGCAAACAAGGAUGCUAGAGAGUUACCAGUAAUGCGAUUGCUGGAGUACAUGACAAAUUUAUUACAACAAUGGAACAACAAAAAUAGAAAAAGUGCAAUGGAGACAUCUACAGAGCUUGGCGAAAAUUAUGACAAACUCUUUCGGGAAAAUCUGAUUACAUCGGAGCAAAUGACGGUGAGGCCUGCUACGGAGCAGUUAUAUACUAUGUUUGAAGGGGUAGGGCAAAAUAUAGUGUGCCUUGAAGAGGCAACAUGCAGUUGCGGAAAAUUUCAAAUGGAUGAACUUCCAUGUCCGCAUGCUUGGGCGGUUUUGAAGAAUCAGUAG